UCGCCCUAGAUAACGGUAGAAUCGUGGGCUGGUGUCGUGCUGCUUUUCGCGAAAGUGCUGAAAACCGAGAUCGAACGUACCGAAAAGCAUACGCGAGGAAAGAGAAAAAGCUUCGUUCCGAUCGAAGUUGUUUUACGUUGGUGUGUGAACAGCCGCCUCGAGCCAGUGAGUAUCAGGCUCUCUUCGUGGCGACCGAAGGAGGACCGUGCCCCGAGGAGCUUUGGUGCACCCGCGCCGCGCGAGACAUUCGACCAGUGCGGAAUUUCUCAGCCAGUGACACGUUCGUUUCGUUUUCGAUUCAAUUCGGUGGCCUGUUACGCGUUACGUCCGGCACCAGUCCACCGCGGAUCCUCCCCGUUCUCUUGUUCGAUGUGGUCGCUACGCCGACGGGACGACGAACCGAGCACAGGAGUAGGAAGCGAGUAAUCGCCGGAGAAUCUCCGUAGAUUGAGAUAUAGUGGGCCGUGGACAAGGACGGAGAACCAGCGAGAGGGAAGAAGACAGUGAACGAAGGAGUGCGCGAGGAAGAAAGAGAGGGACGGAUAGAGUGCGACAGAGGGCCAUUAGAUUCGAGGGGUACACGGGUACACGCAUACGGUCGAGAGUUACGCUGUGAACAGAUUCAACGAAUAUUUUCGAAGGCGCAAGAGAAGUGGGUGUUGCGUGAAUUAACAAGAAGAGGGUGCAAGGUUGAGCGACGGUGCUCGACUCGAAUAUUCCUGUAGUGGUUCAUCGAUUGCGUCUUCCUGGCUUUCCUGACGGUCGGGUCUAACUGAAAGCAAAGAGGAGCAAAACGUGGCGGAUUCGGUGACCCCUCGGCUGUGACCAGAGGCGCACAGAGAAUUAGGGCAAGGAAAUGCGUGAAUAUAAAAUAGUGGUGUUGGGCAGUGGAGGUGUAGGCAAGUCCGCCCUCACUGUCCAGUUCGUGCAAGGAAUCUUCGUGGAGAAGUACGAUCCGACGAUCGAGGACAGCUACCGCAAACAGGUCGAGGUCGACGGUCAACAAUGUAUGUUAGAAAUCCUAGACACAGCCGGAACGGAACAAUUCACAGCCAUGAGGGACCUUUACAUGAAAAACGGCCAGGGAUUCGUGUUAGUGUACUCGAUAACGGCGCAGUCGACGUUCAACGACCUGCAGGACCUCAGGGAGCAGAUCCUGCGGGUAAAGGACACAGAUGACGUGCCUAUGGUACUGGUGGGCAACAAGUGUGACUUGGAGGACGAGAGGGUAGUGGGCAAAGACCAGGGCGUCAACCUUGCCCGGCAAUUUAACUGCGCGUUCAUGGAGACCUCUGCCAAAGCCAAAAUUAAUGUUAACGAUAUCUUCUACGACCUGGUGCGACAAAUCAACAAAAAGUCACCAGAGAAGAAGAUGAAGCAGAAAAAGAAAUCGCUGUGCCUACUUCUGUAAGGUAAAUCUAGCAGAAGCCCGUACUCUCCUGCAUGAACAAAUAAUAAAAGAGGGAAAAGAAACUAUAACAAUCAAUCAACAAUAACCAGCAACAAAUCCGGACACAACCAGCGGAUGACACAGGGGUUCAGGCGAUCACGGAGCAAACUAACCUAGUUGACAAGGAGGGGGCUGACGGAAUCUCGAGUAAAUAGAGGGAAAAAAGGGCAACACAGUGGUGAAGAUAGUUAGAAGAACACCAAAAGAAGAUGGGAAACAAGAAGAGGAAUAGGUUAAACGAAGACAGAUGGUGACAAAUGAAAGACAGGAACGAGAGAGAGAGAGAGAGAGAGGGGGGGAGAGAGUGGAAAAGGUUAGAGCGAGUAAAAUAGAGAGAGAGAGAGAGAGAGAGAG